GUGCAGGUAGAAUAAAAUGUAAAAUAGAUACAGAUUCAUUCCCAGGACACUAUUCGGCUGUUAUGUUCCUGAAACAUCGCGUCUGUCGAUGUGUGUCGAGGAACCCUGUGCCAGCAUAUUUAUUUUCAUGCAACACAAAACUAUGAUUGAAUCUUAAAAUUAGAUUUUUAAGCUUUUUCCUUUAAAAAAACAACAACAAAACUCUAAUAUUUCAGAUGCAUCAUGUUUGUCAGUGAUCCUGCGUUCUAGUUAUCACUGUGGGAAAGUGGGGUGGUUGUUUUUCUAUUUUAAUAAUUUUGUGACUGCACGAAUCUCCUUAAGUGUUUUCUCUUUAUGGCUUGUUUUUUAACAAUUUAUUUUAUUUUAUUUUUAAGGGUUAGGUCGGUUUUGUUUGUCUAAGCAAGCGUGUUGUUUUUUCCCCCUUGUUCGCUAAACUCGUCUUUUGUCUCUCUUUCAUUCUGCAUCGUGUAUAGGCUACGUGACUGCUAAGUGAAGCCUAAAAGCAUCAGAUAUGUGGUAAUCAGCCUUUCAUGCACAUGUAGAAGCCGUUGUUUGAUACUGUGUUUUAUACCGCAAUAUCCAGUAUGCGCUUUUUUCCCCGUGGAACACCCACACAGUUUUGAUUAUGUCAUGGUAAAUCUAUAGACUAGCUUUGUAUAUUGCUGUAUGGUAGGAACAAUGUUUUUCGUGCUUUAUGUGAUAUGAUGUCAAAGUAAGAAAAUGCACUGAGAAAUACUGUGCUGCAAUAUGUCAUUGUGGCUCUAUAUUCUCUGCUGGACCUCCAGACUUUAUAGUGAGCCUGACAUCUUUUGUGGGUUCUUUAUUUCCGUUUGUUUUUUGUUUUGUGUUGUUUUGUUUUUUAAACACUUUUUGUGCUCAUGUAGAUAAGCGCUGACUGAUGCGUCGCCUGUUACUGCCACCUUUUUAAGCAGUAACGUUCAGGUAUCGCACCAGUGUUUACAGAGACAAGAGUUUACAGCAGAGCAACGUUUGUUUUCCUCUACCUUAAAAUGUUUCAGCUGAGUUAAAUACUGUAUCUGGAAAAACAGACUACAUGCAUGUAGAACCACUUGCAGUGUAGAUUAGCUAAACAAUUUUGUGGUUUAAACAGUGAAUCAGUAAGGUUGAACAGUUAUUUCAAUAUUAUUAUUUAUUAAUUCAGAGUUAUCUGAUAUUUCGUUUGGACCUCGUCCAUAUGCAUUUCAAGGCCCUUGAAGCACUUUUCAUUUACUUGAAAAACUUUUAUUCUGCAGGAAUUCCACUUCCUGUUACAUAUUAGACUAUUUAGAUUCUUUUGGUCUUUACUUCAGAGCAGAUUUGUCUACAGCACUGUAUCUUUUUUCUCCUUCUUUUUAAAGUAAAAUCAACAGUUGAACCAAAGGUAAAAAAAAAAAAAAAAAGAUAGCCAUAAGUAAGAGAAAAAAUUUAAAACUUUUAUAAAACAUCCUCUUUUUUUCCCUCAAAUGAUCCCAUUAUGGUUCAAAUUAUUUCAUAUUUACCUACAAAGUCAUUGUUUAGGUUGGACACAAUUACUGAUUUCUACAACAUGAAUUAAAGGGGCACCUGUUAUGCAUCUCCUUCCAGUUAUAUUUGCUCUUAGAAUGGGAGACACUAAUAAUAAACAAGACCACAGUAAUUACUUUAUCCAAAGCCUGUCCUAAAUGCUUAGUUUUUUUCUGCUCUUGGCUCUGUAUGAUGUCACUGAGAGUGGAUCGUCUUAAUAUGCUCAUCAAAGGCCCCAGUGGGAUAGGCCUAGAGAUUGUUUGGCAAGUGAAGUCACUAUGAAAUUGAUUUCUAAAACGUGUCUGUGGGUCUUAUACUUUAUGUCACUCGGGCCACUUGGGUCCCAGUGACGCUACUUUCGUGAAGGCCCUUGCAGACGCCUGCAUGCCUGCUUGGUUUUUUUUUUGUGACUUGUCCAAAGUGAAUUUACAAUACAAUGCACCAACUACUAGACCUGAACUCCACCCACCUUUCGUUCAAACCUUCUGUAUGUUUAAGGGGAAAAAAGCUAAAACAGCCUGUUGCAUAAACAAAAGAUGUCCUGAGAAGCUGCACCAGGGCCCUCUAUAAGAUACGUGGGGGUUAUUCUGUACUGUGAAUCCUGCACGUCUACUCUAGAAGAGUCAGCAGUUGUUUGUUUUUUUUAAUUUGGUGCUGGAAAUGAGCAUAACAGGUCCCCUUUAAAGAAAUGACUGCUAUAUCCUGUCCACUAGAUGAGAAAUCUAUUUUCUGCAUGAUGCCGAAUUUCAAAGUAUCUUGACAUAUUGUAUUUUGCUUUAAACUAACCAUUUAGUUUUGCCUUUGUUUUAUAAAUUUGUGGUGAAAUCGUAUUUUGUAGUGAAAAAAAACCCCACUGAGACAUAACAUGGACACGAUGAGAAAUAACACGAGUAAGAAAAAUCACAUACAAAUACUGUACAGUCAGACUAAUAGUGGCUCUGUGACACAAGCUGUUAAAACACAAACUGAAUCAGGAAGAUGAAACAGAGUCACGGUCAUGUAAGGUCACUCAGUGGGUUGCCCACAGCUAUGAAUCCUGUGAGUGCAUUUUGAGGACGGCCCAGUGCUGGUUCAAGACUCACACAAUGGCAGCUAAAACGUUCUACAAUGUAUUUUAAGUUGAGUGAAACUAUUCCACACACUGCAAAUGCACUAUGUUCCUGUUGCCGUGAAGAGGUGCACUAUGUUUCUGUAGUGCACUCGCAGCAACAAGAAACAUUAUGCUCGUAUAAUAUGCAAAUCUAGCAUUCUGCAGCAGAGCUUGGCGGGUCUGUACUUUUUCUUUUUGAGCUAACCCUUUAAAAGCAACUGGUCCAAACCUUGUUCUUCAAAUUGUGCGUUUUCUAUUUUAACUGUUAAAAUUGGACCAAAAUAAUCCAAGUUGGCUGUAAAUGUGAGCGACGUUAUAGAUUUGGGGCGGGGCUUUCCAUUUAAAAUGUACCUGAUGUAUUUUUCUCGUGUGAAGGCUUCUGUCUUUGUAUCUUUGCAUUAUUAUUUGUAAAUGAGAUGAAAAUAAAUAUAUCUGAAUAAGCCAAGACACUUGAUUUCUCGUAUUGUGUUUUUUUCUCAUUAGCUUGACUCCAAAAAGUACUAGAAAACAAAGACGUGCAGCAGUAGUUUCAUGGUGUUUGCAGCCCCCAUAACUGGCAUAACUUAGACUUUCUCACCCACUCCAGGACUUCAGUUGCCCUGCCUCUCCCACUCUUUCCGCACCAACAGUUUUAAUGAGUUUCUACUUUUUUUUAUGUGGGAUGGAUACUAAAGCUAAGACUGCUGGUGAGAGGACAGUCUUUUCUAUGACUUAAAUGUGUUCUGGGCUUUGCGUGGAUUGGAUUAUGCUGUGGUUGUCAAGAAAUUAGUUUGAGAUUAAAUGUUUUAAUUCUAUUUGGUUACAACAGUUAACCCUAAAUGUGUCUCUUCUUAUUGUUGAUUAUCCUUAACUAAAACUAAAACUAGAUCUGAAAUAAAAUGUUCAUUAAAAAUAAAAACUAAAUACGUAGGAAAUGCCCUUCCUAUUUGUUUAUUGGUUAAGCUUUGUUAUCCUAACUUGCCUACAGUCUACAAGACUGAGUCAACUGCUGUGUAAAAGUGCAUUUUUUUUAAAAUUAUAAUACUUAUACUGAUUCUUGUAAAUUUUGCCUCUGGGACAUGCCCUUCAUAUAAUAUUACUUAAAAAUAUUAAGACUAACUAAAAACAUUUUCAAAAUGCCCAAAUGCUAAAAUGCCUUGUUGGUGUCAAAGGUUAGAGGAGAAUGCCCAGACCAUCUUCAGGAUGAAGACCACUCAUUGAAGCCAAAGUAUGCAGAAGAGCAUAUCUGAACACACAGCACAUCAAACCUUGAAGCAGAUGGGCUACAGCAGCAGAAGAUCACACCACCCCAGCUAAGAACAGGAAACAGAGGCUAUGAUUCACACAGAAUCCCCCAAAUUCUAUAAUAGCAUAUUGGAAAAAUGCUGUCUGGUCUAAUAUGUCUUGAAUUUCUGCUGCGGUGACUGACAUCACGGAUGUGCUGUUGACAAAUCUGCAGCAACUGUGUAAUGCUAGUAUGUCAAUAUGGAUCAAAAUCUCAGAAACCUUGAUGAACCUGUGCCGUGAUGAAAUACGACAACUCUGAAUGUAAGAAGGGGUCACAUGUAAAGUCAUUCUUGCAUCAUAUCUGAUGGCCCCAUCAAUCUAGCACAGCCCGUCCUGCUUUGCUCCUGUGGACAGGCUGUGCUCUUUGACGUAUGCUUUGUUGUUUUAGAAACUGCAGGACUCCAUCUACUGGUGAAAUGCUGUAAUAUAGAAGGAUCGAUUUUAGACAUGAGUAACUACUGUACUUCGUUGCGAUAAACACACACAUAUGUUUCUUUUAUUCGAAUGCCUGACAGAAUGUGUGCAGCUUUGGCAACAGAAUGCGUAACUAAUGCUCAAAACAAAACAAAGCAAACGUUUGGACACUUUAAAAAAUAAUACUAAGUGGUUGUGGUUAAAUCUGUCUUGGAGAAGUUAGCGUGGGGGAGCUUUGGUAUUUUUGAGAUGUGGCUAGCUGGCUUCUGACAGUGGCGAACAGUUUUGAACACAGCACGAAACUGUUGGAAAACCAUUAGAUUUUGCGCUACAAAUCACUUUUAUAAAAGUAUCAUUAUUUGUUAUUUAGGGGUCAAAGGCAGUGCGUAAUUCGUUUACAUACUACAUGAUCUGCUGUACAAUGUUUACUGUGUAACCACAAGUAGAUGGAGUCCUGCGGUGGUGCACAUCCCUGAGUGUAUCAGGUAUGUUUACUUGAGGACGUGCAGACGUCAAAGCGCACACAACGUAUCCCGGCAUGCAGCAGGAGGCCGUGGAGCGAUCCUGCAGCUGGUAGUGAGUUGCGAGAGCGCCGAAGAGGCAGCAGCAAACGGGCAACAUAGCUCACACGUUUCCCUACUCCAUGUGAGAUAAGCCGAGCCGUUACCUUACAGGCGACAGAAAAUAUGCUGUACGGACGCCUGACGUGUUCCCGAAGCGGCUUUUGAGUCAUCAUUGUCACCCGGUUUUCAUUUUGGAGGAUUCCUCCCUCCAUCCUCCGGAUCGCACCGAACAGGCAAUGACAACGGUCUCAGCAACCCCGCAGCAGAUGAGGGAACGGCUGCUGCAGGCCAUCGACAGUCAGAGCAAUAUAUGCAAUAUGGUGGUCGUACUGGAAGUAAUUGCCUGCCUUGAAAAGUAUCCUAUCACCAAAGAAGCACUUGAGGAAACUCGACUAGGAAAGUUGAUCAAUGAUGUGAGGAAGAAGACGAAGGAUGAAGACCUGGCUAAACGAGCUAAGAAACUCUUGAGGAACUGGCAAAAGCUGAUUGAACCUGGGCCAGCUGUGGCUGCAAGUGUUCCUGGCUCUACCAAUGGCAGUUCUCAUCCCUGCAGAACCGAUGCCUCUCCUUCUGACAUUUCUGUGCCAGGGAAAGGUGUCCCUGAGGUCAAAAUCAGAAAUGACGUUCACAACACGUACUCACCAAAAGCUGAGAAAUCAAGCAGCCGCAAGCGGCGGGCAGAGCACAGAGACAGUGGAGUGUACUUGCAAGAAAAAAUCUCCAAAAUGUCCCCAUAUGAUAACUCUGUUUCAACGCCACCCACCAAUGGGAUUGCAGGCAGUCCGGAUGCCCUCCCUGACCAGGAGGUUGUCCCGUCUCCUGACAGAUCUCGAGUUGAGCACCUUGAUAAUGAUAAAAUGAACAGAAUUCCUGUUAAUGCUGUCAAGCCUCGCCCCAGCUCUCCCGGGGUGGCCAAACUACCCAGCACUUCCUCUUUGAUUAAAGUUGCUGUGAUGCAGCAACAGGCCAGAUUGGAUGAAGGAGGCGGGGGCUAUUAUCAAGCCAGAAGUCCUCGUGGUCUCACUACCAGCCCAAGGAGUACGAAGCAAGAUACAAUGACCAAGCGCUCUUCAACAUAUGCACCAAAAGGAACGCCGGUCCCAAGCCCUUCCUCCAGGGACUCUCCCUUAUCUUUUUCCCACACCGUGUCGUCCCCGGCCUCAUCUUAUGCUGACAAGCUGCCACAUUCUUCUAAUAGGUCUUCAAUGCACUGGGCCAGCAGUUCAGAAGCCUCCUCUCUUUGCCCAUCACAAGACAUAUCUGCAACACUGGAAUCCCCAUCAGUCUCCCCCUCACCUUCUCUCUCCCAGCAGAACUCAGAACCACACAGACAGAUUUCUGAGGGAGCUAUGGUUGUGUCUGAUGACGCAGAUGGGCCAACGGUACCAAAUUCGGAACAUAAAAGGAGGAAGUACAGGUCUAGAGAUUACUCUGUCAACUUAGAUGGCCAGAAAAUUGAGGACACCACUAAACCCGUUCGGUUAAAAGAACGCAGAUUAACGUUUGACCCGGUCACAGGUCAGAUUAAACCUCUGGUGCAUAAAGAACCUUCUCAAACAGAUGAAGCACCCACUCCUGACCCCGCUGAGUCUAGGCAGAGAACUGAAAGCACUGUACAACAGUGCGCUGCCACUGCCACAGUCCCAGGUCCUAGCCCUAACCCCUUCCACCACACAAACUGGAAGGAGCUGUCUAGAAAUGAAAUCAUCCAGUCCUACUUGAACCUUCAGAGCAAUGUCCUUAACUCCUCGGGGGUUCAGGCCCCUAGUGCACACUUUUUCAUGUCGGAAUAUCUGAAAAGGGAAGAACAGGAAAUUAAGGAGUCGCGGAAGAUGCACGUUCUCCAAACGGACAAUUUGACAGGGGAUUUACCGGGCGUGAGCCGGGACGUGACAGAUGAGGACUUGGACAGGAUACACACACAGCACUGGCAGGGGGUGAAUGGCGUUUGUGACACCAAGGGCACCUGGUACGAUUGGACAGAUUGCAUAUCACUGGACCCUCACGGGGAUGACAGCAAAUUGAACAUCCUGCCAUACGUUUGCCUAGACUGAAGGGGUACGGGAAGGUUGCAGUACUUUUCCACUCCUUUCCUCAUCUCACCACAGAGACGAGAUACUUUGUCAUUUAAUUUUUUAUUUUUUUUUGUUCACUGUGAGUUUGGCAAAAAUCAGGCCUGCCAAACUCCACUCCCCCACGCCUCUUCCUCUUUCUGUGAUAAUCUAUUAAGAUUUUGGUAUAAAAGAAGUGUAAAGAUUAAAAGACUAGUUGAGUUUGUAAUAUCAA